AUGAAGAAUAUUGAAAUAUCCAACCCCAUGGAAAAUAUAAACUCCUUGAAGACAAGAAAAGAUAUUUUCGAAUGUGACGUCACUGCGCAGAAUGUUGAAAAUGUUAAUAAGAAUGAAAAUGCCCAGACUAGAGUGACUUGGACUCGAAAUAUUGAGUUCACAUUGGCUGGAAUCGGCUACUCAGUGGGAUUGGGAAAUGUCUGGAGAUUCCCCUUCCUGUGCUUUCGGAGUGGAGGAGGGGCAUUUUUGAUUCCCUUCUUCAUUAUGUUUGUGCUGCUCGGAAUCCCACUUCUCUACUUGGAAAUAUCCGUUGGACAGUAUUUAAGAGCUGGACCAGUUCAAAGCUUAGCCAAAAUCUGUCCUCUACUCAAAGGUGUUGGUAUAGCAACAGUGGCCAUUUCCUUCAUUCUAUGCAUAUAUUACAACCUUAUCAUCUGCUGGGCCAUUUAUUAUCUCAUCAACUCCUUUCAGAGCCCACUGCCUUGGCACAGCUGCAACAACACCUGGAAUAUUCCAGAAACCUGCACAGAUAGUAUUACCAACAACAAUACCACUGUUUCAGCGAGUCAGCAAUUCUUUGAUUACAAUGUUCUUCAGAAGACAAAUGGUCUGGAUAACCUUGGGAAUAUGCGCUGGGAACUUUUUGGUCUCCUCACCCUUGCCUGGGUGAUUGUUUAUUUCUGUAUAUUUAAAGGGGUAACGUGGACUGGAAAGGUUGUGUACUUCACUGCACUCUUCCCUUAUGUUGUGCUGUUUGCCAUCCUCAUUAACAAUGUGCAACUCCCAGGAGCCAUAGAUGGAAUUAAUUACUUUGCCAAUCCAAAGUGGGAGAAAUUAAAGGAAGUCCAGGUGUGGGUAUAUGCUGCUGUCCAGGUCUUCAAUUCCAUUGGCAUUGGCUUUGGUUCAUUGAUUUCCAUGUCGAGUUACAACAAGUUCGACAACAAUAUUCUUAAAGAUACAUUGGCCAUCUCAUUGACUAAUGCAGCCACAAGUAUCUUUUCUGGGUUUGUUAUUUUCUCUGCAUUUGGAUACAUGUCCCAUAUGAUUAAUGUCCCUAUUGAUGAUAUUGCUGUAGAUGGACCAGGAUUGGUGUUUGUGGUUUACCCAGAAGCCUUUAUUACGAUGCCAGUUUCUCCUCUGUGGGCAGUGCUGUUUUUUGUUAUGCUGCUGUUUUUGGGGCUUGAUAGUGAGUUUGCUAUGGUCGAUGUGAUGGUGACAAGUCUAUUGGAUGCCCACCGGGAUUGGCUACUGAAAUGUUUGAAAAGGAAAGAGUUUGUGGUAUUGGGUGUCUGUGUCGUAGGCUUUCUGUUCGGAAUUCCAAAUGUCACACAGGGUGGGAUUUACGUUUUCCAGCUCCUAGACCACUAUACUGCUCAAGUAUCCAUUGUUUUCCUGGCUUUCUUUGAGGUUGUUGCUAUUUGCUGCAUUUACGGUGUCCCUCGGUUGUCACAGAACAUUGAGGAGAUGCUGGGAAAAAAGCCGAAUAUUUACUUUCGUUUCUGCUGGUUGCUGUCUCCUGUCCUGAUACUCAUUAUUAUAGUGUUUGUCAUCAUUGACUUUGAGCCCGUACAUUACGGCAAUUACAAAUACCCAGAGUGGGCACAGGGUCUUGGUUGGGCCAUUGCUCUCACUUCGCUCAUCUGGAUUCCUGUUGGAGUGAUCCACACGUUACUCACGUUGGAAGGUUCAUUCUGUGAGAGGUUCAUUAAAUCAAUCACUCCUUUUGGCCUAGAGUGUGAUACCAGACAGAUAGGAACUGCUAGGCCUGAAGCUUCACCAGAUGUCCCAAUGGUUGGCAGGUCACCAGCACCAGAAGUUGGAAUACUGAAGAACACUUCCAUUUAACGCUGAAGUAACUCAGAAAACACUAAAGCUUUGAUUAGCAAUCAUGAAACUUGAUUUGAGAUUCUUUAUUCUGACUAUUUUAGAAAGUUCUGCUUUGUUCAUAUUCUUCUCUAAUUCACAUAUUUUCUCCAUUUUGCAACAUACAUAUAUGAACUGUGUUUUGCUUCAACUUCCUCUCGUGUUCUACUCUUCCCUAUGGAGAAGCUACUGACCUCCUCUCAGUACAUCAUUGAUUGGGUUUAUGGUUGUGCAAUGAGACCUAUCCCAAUGCACUGCAUUGCGUAACCUAU